AUGAAAGUUGAAGAAUUAAUUAUUGACGGUUUUAAGUCGUAUGCGACAAGAACCGUUAUCUCUGAUUGGGAUCCCCAAUUCAAUGCCAUUACUGGGUUGAAUGGUUCAGGUAAAUCAAAUAUUUUGGAUGCAAUAUGUUUUGUCCUUGGUAUUUCUUCGAUGAGCACGGUGAGAGCCUCCAAUCUUCAAGAUCUGAUCUAUAAGAGGGGGCAAGCUGGUGUAACAAAGGCUAGUGUAACUAUUGUGUUCGAUAACAGUGACAAGACCAAUUCCCCGAUCGGUUUUAAGGAUUCACCAAAAAUUUCUGUAACGAGACAAAUUGUAUUAGGUGGUACAUCAAAAUAUCUAAUUAAUGGUCAUAGAGCUCCUCAACAAACGAUUUUGCAAUUAUUUCAAUCUGUUCAACUUAAUAUUAAUAAUCCUAAUUUCUUGAUUAUGCAAGGUAAAAUCACAAAAGUUUUGAAUAUGAAACCAACAGAAAUACUAUCAUUAAUCGAGGAGGCUGCAGGUACUAAAAUGUAUGAAGAUAGAAGAGAGAAAGCAGAAAGAACAAUGGCUAAAAAAGAAGAAAAAUUACAAGAAAAUAGAUCUUUAUUAGUAGAAGAAAUUGGUCCUAAAUUAGAGAAGCUAAAACAAGAAAAGAGAAUGUUUUUAGAGUUUCAAACUACUCAAUCAGAUCUAGAGAAAAUAUCAAGAAUAGUUCGUGCUUUUGACUACUAUAAUACCAAACAAAGAUAUGAAACUGCAAAAGAUACAAUGGAAAACGGUGAAAAACGUAUGGAUGCUAUUGCAACUUUACUCGAGAAGACUAAAGGUGAGAUCGAAUCAUUAAAUGAAGAUUUAGAAGACAUAAAAAACAGAAAAAAAUCUGAUAUAGAGAAAGAUGGAAAGCUUUCACAACUGGAAAAGAAAGAAGGAGACUUGUUGGACCAAAUAUCCAGAUUAAAUACUACAUUAUCUAUUUGCAAUACUGAUGUGGUAGAUGCUGACAAAAAAGUGAAAAGCCUAAUGUCCAGCACCGACAAAAUUUCAAAGGAUCUAACAAAUAAAUCAGAUAAAUAUAAGUUGAUAGAGAAAGAAUAUAAUGAAUUGAACGAAAAACUUGAAAAACUAAAAUCUUACCAUAAAACGAAAAGUGAAUUAUUAUCUACAUUAUCUACCGGUAUUUCAUCGAGUGGUGGAACAGAUAAUGGUUACACCGAACAGUUAGUAGCGGCAAAGCACAAACUAAAUGAAUAUCAGGUAGAUAUAAAGAAGAAAAAGAUGAGAAUUGAAAUUAUGAAUAGAGAACUAACCACAAACGCGCCAAGGUUGGCUGAGGCUAAACGUGAAUACACUGAGCUGGAAUCGCAUAUUGCACAAUUGGAAACAGGGUGUGGUGACCUAACAAACAAUCUGGCCAAGUUUGGUUUUAAUCCAAGCCUUCAACAGGAACUAAAAGUGAAAGAGACAAAUUUACAAAAUGAAAUAUAUAAAGUUUCAAGUUCGAUGGAAAACCUAAGAAGGAGAAUGAAUAAUUUGGACUUUCAAUACACAAAACCCUCAGAAAAUUUUAAUACAGAUUCUGUGAAAGGUGUUGCUGCCCAGCUUUUCACAAUUAAAAACGAUAAUUUGGAUUGUGCAACAGCAUUGCAAGUAUGUGCUGGUGGUAGGUUAUACAACGUUGUUGUUGAAGACGAAAAGACAGCAUCGGAAUUACUACAACGAGGUCGUCUUCGUAAGCGUGUAACAAUUAUUCCGCUGAAUAAAAUUGCCACAAGAGUUGUUAAUGAUAAGGUUUUGAAGACAGCAAAAUCAAUUGCACCAGGUUCCGUUGAUCUUGCACUGAAUCUGAUUGGGUACGAAGAAGAAGUUUCUAAAGCAAUGAAAUUCAUUUUUGGUGGUAGCUUAAUUUGCAAAGAUGCGGAGACAGCUAAGAAAGUAACCUUUAAUCCAAAUGUGAGAACAAGAAGUAUCACACUUGAUGGAGAUGUUUAUGACCCAGAAGGUACAUUAUCGGGAGGUAGUAGGAACGUCUCAAAUUCUCUGCUAUUGGACAUUCAAAAAUAUAAUGAAACAAAUUCUAAGCUUGCAACUUUGGAGAACCAGCUCUUGAAUAUAAAAGAACAAAUUCAAGAACAAAUUAAAAUAUCUCAAAAGACGAAAGCUUUACAAAACGAAUUGAAUAUAGCUCAGCAUAAACUUGAUCUUGCUAAGAAAAGUUUUUCUUCGAAUAGUGCAACACAACUUGUAGCAAGAAACGAAGAGUUAGAUGUUGAUAUUCAAUCAUGUAAUGUUGAUAUUGAAAGAACAGAGGGUAAAAUGAAUGCUUUAAAUAUAGAGAUACAAAAAAUUCAAAGAGAUGCAAAUGAAUUUGCAAGCAAUAAAGGUGCAAAACUGGAUGAACUAAAGAAAGAAGUAAACAGUCUUUCCGAUGAUAUUACUCAGUUAAACACAACACUGGAAGAAAAAUAUGACACCUACCAAAAUAUGCAAUUAGAUACAGAACAAUUGGAGAGUGAUAUUAAAACAAACACAGCUUUGAUUGAGCAAACUAAGGACUCUUUAGAAACCCUUAGACAAAAGAAAACUGAAAUCGAAUCUAGUGUAGGUUCCCGAAAGGGAGACUUGACGGUGACUCAGAAUGAAUUAGCUGACGAAAAGAGUCGUUUAUUUGAAAUUGACGAGGAGGUGAAAGAGUUGGAAGCCUUCAUUAAAAGUAAAAGAGAAUUGAUUUCAAAGAAUGACCUAGAAGCACAAAAGAUUAAAAAUGAUAUUAAUGAUUACAGAAAUAACUCGAAACAUCUGCAAACGAAGCUUGAUGAAUUAACUAAAGAAUUUGCUUGGUUAAAAGAUUUUGAUAUGGUCAAAAGCAUAGUUUCACAACAUGAAGGUAUUAAUUUGUCGCAAUAUAAAGAAAGAGCCACUCGGUUAGAGGAAAAUUAUAAAGUUCUUAGACCCAAAGUUAAUCCAAAUAUUAUGAGUAUGAUUGAAAAUGUAGAGAAGAAAGAAACUGCGUUGAAAACAAUGAUCAAUACCAUUGAGAAAGAUAAAUUAAAAAUUAAGGAAACCAUAUCUAAACUGAAUGAAUUUAAAAGGGAAACAUUGGUCAAGACUUGGGAAAUAGUCAAUACGGAUUUUGGUAAUAUAUUCGCUGAUUUACUUCCAAACUCUUUCGCAAAGUUGGUCCCACAAGAGGAUAAAGAUGUUACAGAAGGUCUUGAAGUUAAAGUGAAACUAGGUAGUAUAUGGAAAGAGAGUUUAGUCGAAUUAUCGGGUGGUCAAAGGUCCUUAAUCGCAUUAUCACUCAUUAUGGCAUUAUUACAAUUCAGACCUGCACCAAUGUAUAUUCUUGAUGAAGUUGAUGCUGCUCUUGACUUAAGUCAUACACAGAAUAUUGGACAUUUAAUAAAGACAAGAUUCAAGGGAUCUCAAUUUAUUGUUGUGUCAUUGAAAGAAGGUAUGUUUACAAAUGCUAAUAGGGUGUUUAGAACCAGAUUCCAGGAUGGUACCUCUGUUGUGAGUCUAAUGUAA